AUGGUUUACGACUGGGAAGGGAAGCGCGACAUGUGCUAUCAGAUGUAUAUUGUUGACAAAAAGGCUCUGGAGGAGAUCAUGGAAUUCAUGAAGGACACAUACCAGUUUGCGCCUAGUAAACGCGCUUUCCAGACACAGUUUAAACGAUGGGGAUUCCCCUCAAAGCAGAAUCCUGCCCACAAAAACGCCAUGCUUGUGGCCCGCGUCAAGGAGCUCUGGGAACAAAACGUCAACCAACGCGAAAUGCUGCGACUCCUAAACGACGAAGGGUUCAACAUCAAAGAACGAGAGCUCAUGCGGGUGCGCGCGAAAAACCGCUGGCUCCUCCGAGUCCCUAAUGGCAUGAAAUCGCAGGCACCCACGACUACAACAACAGGCACUACCGCUACAGCUACAACAGGGCAGCCUGAAAUUGAAACAUCGGUCGAAGAAGGCGUGCUCACACUACAGCAGGAGAUGUACGACGGCCAUGGCCUUUCCAACGACACCGCACUGCUAACAAGCGAGCCGCCCAUCCAAUCCUCCCUGUCCCCGAGCAUGUCGCCCGAAGUGCUCGCCAAACGAAAAGAGCGAUUGGAUAAACUACAAGCCGAAAGCGCCGAACGAUGGGCCAGCCGAAAACGACGGCGACGGACGCGCGGUUGGGCCGGUUUACCGGCUGAUCCUCCUGGACCACCUCGGUUCCCAUCAGAAACCACACUUGAUGAAAGUAAACAGUACCUCAGUUUGGACGCAGCGCUGUACCGCCAGAUGCGCGACGAUUUCCAAAAGAUCUGCGAAGACGCCGGGUUUAUCAAAAAGACGAUUGCCGGGCCUGAACGAUGGCAGGAAGCCAAGAAUAGGUUGAUUCGCGAAUCGCCGCAUCUCCGAAGCGUCUUUUACACGGAUCCCUCGAUGCCAGAUACCGGCGAGUUGGAAGCUAAAAAGCUCGCUUUAGAUGUCGUUUGCACAGACGUUACCAAAAGAAUGAGAACACUGGAGAGCCGAAUGACCAUUGCCGAGGCAAAGAACGCUCUAGGCGUCAACCCCGAGGAGAGUCGCCAAAUUCGGACGGCCUUCUACAACAACCUAAAAGCUGAUCACUUCACCAGCAAACUCGAGGCGGGUGAUGACCAUUGGAAGGAAUUGAAAGAACAGUGGAUUCAAGGAUCAGAGCUUCUCCAGCGGAUCCUGACACCUGGACCAGUGGAUCCCCACCAUUCCACAAAAGUGAAAGCUAUAGAAGUUCUCUGUCGCGAUGUUAUGAAGCGACUACGCGACGACCAAACAAAACGAGAUCCCCUGCGAAAGCGGAUAAAACAAAAAUCCACUACUUUACAGACUAACACAGGCAAUUCUAUUUCUAAUACGUCAUAUAACCAUGGAAUCAGUACUUUGGCAUCAGAAGCGCUUGCCAGCGCAUCAAUGACACCCAAUGAACUUGGCGAAAUGCAAAUAGACCCUUCACUCCUCCAGGCUGCAAACGAUACGUCGAUGGCAGGAAACUUCCAACAGAGCACCGAACCGACCUUUAGCUAUGUCGAGUCCCUUCUUACACGCCCUCCAAUCCCAGUGUAUUUUCGCAUCAGUCCCCAUAGCCAAGUCCACGGCGCAUCAAGGAUGUGGGUUGAGAAACUAGUUUCGAGUUCGGUGAUGGAAAUGCGAAAUCUCGUGCAACUGAAACACCCCGAAUCUGCUGUUACCAGAAUCGAGGGGAUUGAAAAGGACGCCAGAGGAGACGAGAUAUCUUUUGUGAUCGAGGAAGAUGACGAGUUGGACGCUUAUUUGACGCAUAUGCACGGGAAAAAGGCCUCAUUUAUCAACGUGUGUCAUGACCAUCCUUCGGCAGCAGUAGCGUUUGCAACCGAGUUGGUCCAUCGCAUCACUACAGCAGUCAGUAUUCAUGAACUCGGCGCUUCUCGUUCGAAAGUGGUAGAAAUACCCAUCUGGAACGCCAUCAUCGAGGAGCUGGAGGUAUCGCUCCCACAAGUCGCCGACGACCUUGGAAAGUUCGUGAUGUCUCCUUCAAGCGAGUUGGUUCAUUCCGCCAAGCGACAACGGCCUGUUGACGCCGUGCAAGAUUUGUCGCGGGUCGACGCCGACAACAGGCCAAAAAGACUCAAAACCCGGCAAGACGGGCAACCGAAAAAGGGCAAGAAAAUUGGGAAUUCUUCUACAGGCCAAAUCGCGGUCCAAAAGACUCCCAAGUGGUCGCUCGAUGUGGUCUCACGAGGACAGGUCUAUAACACCGAGCCAGUGUUUUCAGUGGAUGAGAAGUACAUCUUCUUGAGCUUGGGCAAUGCGGUCCAGGUGUUUUCCAUCCAAGCGCGCCGACCGAUACGCAUCCUGCAAAUAGAGAAGGGUGGCCAGGUGACGGGAAUAAAGACUUCCCCUCUUGAUCCUCAACACAUUUACGUAUCCACCUCCUCUGGAAACCUUGUACGGGUUAACUGGGAAUCAAACAAUGAGGCCGGAAAAUGGACACGUCUUGGGGAGGCAAUUUGCUCCGAGAUUAUCCACGUUAAUGUACAAGACAAGGAGCACAUUGCGUACUUUUCAGUGACAAAAAAGGGGGCUGAGCAGUGGGUGAUAAAGGUGAAUACAUUUUCACCUUCACAGCCGGGCAAUUCUACCGAGACCGUAGUUUUAGAAAGCUCAAAACUUCUCGAUCGGUUGCAAGUCCUUCAGGACGGCCAUGCUAUCGUCGCCUGUGCUGGGCAACAUGCCGUUAUUGGUACCCUGAGCCAAAAGCAACACAAGAAAUCUCCUUUUAGCGGUUAUGUGUGGAGAGAGGUCCGACUUCCCGUUUCAAAGAUCACCUCUUUUGACACUAGAGAAUUCCGCGCCCAACCCUCGGACAAGGCGACAUCUAUUGAUCUAGCAAUCGGAGAAGCUUCUGGUGCGAUUUUACUCUACCAAGACAUUCUCAGAGAUGGCUCGUCUGGGGAUAUUGCCAAAAACGGUCUGCCUCUGCUUCAACGACUGCACUGGCACCGUGAAGCUGUUUCCUCUGUUCGUUGGUCGAGAGACGGCAACUAUGUUAUUUCUGGAGGCAAAGAGUCUUCUCUGGUUUUCUGGCAGCUGGACUCUGGACGCAAAAAUUUCUUGCCUCACUUUCCUUCAUCCAUUCACGCAAUUACCGUCUCCCCGGGUGGCGCACUCUAUGCAAUUCAAUUGACUGAAAAGUCCAUCAUUGUUCUAUCGGCCACCGAACUAGAACCAGUGGCGAGCAUAAAUGGCUUGCGCUUGCCAGCGAUAGCCAACCUGGCAGAUUUCAAGAAACAAUAUUCUAGCCAAUAUCCUGUUACACUGCACCCUAAUCAACCUGAGAGGCUAUCUGUGGCAGUUCCUAGCGAUGGCUCCAAGGACCUCUCAUUCCUCCACACUCUCAAUGUCCAAACCGGCUCCUAUAUAUCUCGACAGGCUCUUACGCGGACGAAUGUUACUACUAUGAAUAAAGGACCUGAAGGUACCCCGAUUGGCACGCCAAGCGUGAAAUUUAUGGAUAUGGGUGACGAUGGCAAAUGGUUUGUCACUGUUGAUUCCUGGAGUCCGCCGCAGCCCGACCUCAAGGCCUUUGGCCCAUCACUUUCCUUGAACCACCGCAGUGAGAUUUACCUAAAGUUCUGGUCCUGGAAUGAGACGCAAGAACUAUGGGAACUAGUCACCCGUGUCGAGUCUCCUCACUUCUCAGCGGAUAAUCCAGCUGAGGUUUUCUGUCUUGCAGCGCGACCUGGGCGACACGAGUUUGUUACAUUUGGAGCUGAUAAACUUCUCAAGGUCUGGCAGCCAACUGCGCGACGGCAGAAGUCGUCCAAGAACCAGUCGUCCAGCCCUCUUGACUAUACAUGGAAAUGCGGGAAAACAGUGGAUUUGACAGGACAUUUCAAGGCCGGUCAGAAUUAUGGAAAACCAGUUUUGGACUUUUCUGCCGAUGGGUCUGUCCUCGCGCUGAGCACAAACAAUGUCAUUCAUCUCGUCGACACUCACCAGUGGACUAUCUGCUCUAGCCGCAGCGUUUCCUCUGAAAUAGCACUGGCAGUCAAAUUCCUAAACCAGUCAUUGAUCGUCCUCCUCAAGCAAUCGCUUGUCAUAUGGAACAUGGUCGACAAUUGUUUGAAGACGGUCACGGAUCCAACUGCCAAAACGUUCAUUUCACUCGCAGUGGACCUUUCUGCAAACACCAUUGCUGUGACCUAUCUGAAGGGAACCUCCCGGCCUACGUACGGCAUUUCAGUCUAUGACGUCCCCCGUCUGAGUCCCCUGUUCCAGGCUGACAUGGAGGAAAUCCCCUUGAACCUGGUCUCCGACCCUAGCACGGGCGACUACAUCGUUGUCGACACGUCGGCGAACCUCAAGCGUGCCAGCUGCCAUGGUAGCAGGAAGAGCCAAGCCCUGCAAAUUUCUACGACAGGAUACGACGACCCGGUAGCCAAUUUGAGCGGUAUAUUCGGCAACGGUGGCCAGAUCGCUCCCAAGACGCAGCAAAUCGCAGGUGUCGCAGAAGUCCAAAUAAAGGGCUUGGAUCGGAUUUUCGACCGGGCACCCUCUUUUGCAUUGCCGCCUGCGAGCGCUCUUUUCAAGGACGUGAUCAAUUCUCUAGUGACAUCUUCUUAA